AUAUAUCUCAACAAUACAAAACAUCACAAAGAAACAAUGGAUCAAUUAGGUAGUAACACGAACAUGGACAUAGAGAAGGAAUCAACAACCUUCGAUUACUCCAAGCGUGCCCAAUGGCUACGCGCCGCCGUGCUUGGAGCCAACGACGGUCUUGUCUCCACCGCAUCGUUGAUGAUGGGAGUCGGCGCCGUGAAGCAUGACGUCAAGGCAAUGAUUCUCUCCGGAUUCGCAGGGAUGGUGGCAGGAGCUUGUAGUAUGGCCAUCGGAGAGUUCGUCUCCGUUUACUCUCAGUACGAUAUAGAGGUGGCUCAGAUGGAGAGAGACAGUGUGGAGAUAGAGAAAGAGAAGCUUCCUAGUCCGAUACAAGCGGCUGCUGCAUCCGCUCUUGCGUUUUCGGCAGGUGCGAUUGUGCCGCUUUUGGCGGCUGCUUUUGUAAAAGAGUAUAAAAUGAGGAUCAUUGCGGUUGUGGUGGCGGUUACGGUGGCGCUUAUGGUUUUUGGGUGGUUAGGAGCGGCACUAGGGAAAGCACCAGCGGUUAGGUCAUCGGCUAGGGUUUUGUUUGGAGGGUGGUUAGCUAUGGCGGUUACGUUUGGGUUGACUAAGCUUAUUGGGUUAUAUGGAUUGUGAAUCGUUUGUGAUGGUCUGAUGGAUGACAUCUUUUUAUAAGAUCUUAAUGCAUGUAACUGUUGCCGAUUCUAUACUGGAUUUCGGUUGGAAAUACAUAAAACUUAACAGU